AUACAGCCGUCAGCAUACAGCCGUCAACAUACAGCCGUCAACAUACAGCUAACAUUUAGUUCUUUCUGUUAGCUGUUAUCAUCAUGGUCUUCAGUACUAGUGGACAUCUUCCUCUCCUUUUCUCAGCUUCUGUUUCCCCUCUCUCUCUCUCUCUCUCUCUUCCAGCUGUUACUAUAGUAACCACCAGUCAUGGGGAAGCAGAACAGCAAACUCCGCCCUGAGGUGAUGCAGGAUCUGCUGGAGAGCACGGACUUCACGGAGCAUGAGAUCCAGGAGUGGUACAAGGGCUUCCUGAGAGACUGCCCCAGCGGGAACCUCUCCAUGGAGGAGUUUAAGAAGAUCUACGGUAACUUCUUCCCUUACGGAGACGCCUCCAAGUUCGCAGAGCACGUCUUCCGCACCUUCGACGCCAACGGGGACGGGACCAUCGACUUCCGGGAGUUCAUCAUCGCUCUGAGCGUCACAUCGCGGGGCAAGCUGGAGCAGAAAUUGAAGUGGGCCUUCAGCAUGUACGACCUGGACGGGAACGGAUACAUCAGCAAGUCUGAGAUGCUGGAGAUCGUACAGGCCAUCUAUAAGAUGGUAUCGUCUGUGAUGAAGAUGCCAGAAGACGAGUCCACUCCAGAGAAGAGAACGGAGAAGAUCUUCAGACAGAUGGACACCAACAGAGACGGUAAACUGUCUCUGGAAGAGUUCAUUAAAGGGGCUAAAAGUGACCCCUCCAUCGUGCGUCUGUUACAGUGUGACCCCAGCAGCGCUGGGCAGUUCUAAACCGCCCUACCUUGGGGGUCAAGACAAUUGCUUAUUUGGGUGAAUCCAAAUAGCCCCUACCCCCCUCCACCUUUGGAGCAAACUGAUGAAGAAGACAAGCCUUCAAAUGAUGACACUGAAGACAACGGGCCAAUGAGAGCCAGCCAUGUUCUCCAGACUCCUCCUCCUCCUCUAACCACUCCCAGCAGCAACCUGACACCAUCUCCAGGCUCUCAUGAUCCCAGUCAUGAUGUGAUCCAGUCCACUCGCCGUGUAUUCGAUAAGUCCUAGGGUUUACAUCCCAAAUCGCACCCUGUUCCCUGUAUAGCAGUACCUUAAGCCCGGUAGGCCCUGGUCUGCAGUAGUGCACUACGUAGGGAAUAGGGCCCUGGUCUGCAGUAGUGCACUACGUAGGGAAUAGGAUGCUGUUUGAGACGUAUCCCAUCCUGUUUUAAGGUUGUAAACCGGACUCUCUGUUUGGUUCUCAACGCUCCGUACUGGACACACCCACUGCCCUCAACUAGGUCCUCCUAGCUCUUGUGUGUAUCGUAAACAGUUAGAGAGAGAGGGAAUGAGAGAGAGAGAGGGAAUGAGAGAGAGAGGGAAUGAGAGAGAGAGAGGGGGAAUGAGAGGGGGAAUGAGAGGGGGAGAGA